AUGCAAAAGACUACGAUACAACCAUUUGAACCAGAAACAUCCAAACCUGAAGCAUCAGAGCCAGAAACACCAGAACUAGAUCCUGAAACACCAGAACCAUUUGAACCAGAAACACCAGAACCGAAACCAGAGCCAGAACUGGAAGCAGAGCCAGAAACACCAGAACUAGAACCAGAAACACCAGAAGCAGAACCAGGAACACUAUAA